UCGAGGGUCAAACCAGUAGAACCAACUUCAAUCAGAGAAGCAGCAUCAGCGAUGGAACGCUCCAAACUGAGAGAAACCGAAGCCUCGUCCAGCCACGACGUGUCUCUGAACGGCCUCCUGGAGAGCAUGGAGAAGAUGCCCAAGUGGAACGGGGUGGCCAAGGAGACGCAGAAGUGCGACGAGACGACCAACUGCAAGAGCGGUGGCGGCGGCGGUAAACCUUGUUCGGCGGUGAUGGAGAGCUGGAGGGAGGAUCGGACCCGGAGCCUGGAGGAUAACGAGCUGAGCCUGCCCAGCAUCGUGGCGGCCUACGGCACCAUCCUGAGGGGGCUGGGGGAGGACCCGCAGCGGCAGGGCCUGCUCAAGACGCCGCACAGGGCGGCCACGGCCAUGCAGUUCUUCACCAAGGGCUACCAGGAAAAAAUCAAAGACGUCCUGAACGACGCCAUCUUCGACGAGGACCACGACGAGAUGGUCAUAGUGAAGGACAUCGACAUGUUCUCCAUGUGCGAGCACCACCUCGUCCCCAUCUUCGGCAGAGUUCAUAUAGGUUACCUGCCCAACAAGAGGGUGCUCGGCCUGAGCAAACUAGCCAGGAUCGUUGAAAUCUACAGCAGGAGGCUGCAGGUUCAGGAGCGCCUCACUAAACAGAUCGCCGUCGCCAUUACGGAGGCGCUGCAGCCCGCCGGGGUCGGAGUGGUCAUCGAGGCCACUCACAUGUGCAUGGUGAUGCGAGGCGUCCAGAAGAUGAACAGCAAGACGGUGACCAGCACCAUGCUGGGGGUGUUCCGCGAGGAUCCCAAAACCAGGGACGAGUUCCUCACGCUGAUCCGGAGCUGAGACCGGACGCGGCUCCCGAUCCGUCCCUCCGUCCCCUCGCCCGUCCAGGACGUGGAGAUGGGGGAGCUUCCUCGGCACCGACGUCCGUCUAGUUCACCCCUCUGUCCAGAGCAGAUCGAUUUAUUUAACCUUUAUUUAUGAAUUUGGUCAAGAAUCCGAUUAUCAAAAGUAUUUGGACACGCAGAGCUGAGCACUAGAGGUUUAUUGGUUUUAUUUCUAACAAUCACUGGGAUUUCAACUUUUGACCUUCUGGUGGACGUAAGCUACCACUGCCUGGUUAUGUAUACACUGUGUGUCCAAAAGUAUGUGGACACCCCCCUAAUCACUGAAUUUGCUUCUCUUCCAAAAUCAGUGUUUGCUCUCUCUCACUCACUGUAUUGACCAAAUGGGCACAAAUCCCCACAGGCACACUUUCCAAGAGAGUGGAUGCUGUUAAAGCUGAAAGGACAAAGAGAGCAGUUUAACGUAAAUGCACGUGGCUCAUGAUCAGGUGUCCCAAUACUUUUGCCCACAUAGUAAAAAACCACAAUCAAAAGAAGUAUAAAUUUAAAUUUGAGCUCAUUGAUUUAUUGUUAUAUUAUUAUAAACGUCGGUGUGUAAAUCAUUUGUACGACCACACGGGCGUCGCCCUGCGUAGCUAACGAACCACUUAAUGCGGCGCCGCGUGUUGUGAGUCAUGUUGUUAGCCUAGCGUUUUUAACGUGCUGUGUCGAUGAUCGUCGGUGUUCGUCGCGAUCUGAUAAAAGAUCAGAGGUGCGGUUCAUUCGGGCGUGUUCUCUUUCAGCCCUGUCAUGUGACCGAGAGAGAACACGCCCCCACUAGCAACGUAUUUAAAUAGAAAUAAAGGUUCAUGAUAAGCAGCGAUUUCUAGUUUACAGCGUGUUUGUUCGUCUGAUUGUAACGUCGUUUGUUUUCAGCGCGUGUGAAUUCUAAUAUUUAGAAGUUUCGAUCGUUUCAGUGUCUGUUUUAUUGUUUUAAAGUCUCUAUAAGUAUUAGUGAAACGAGCGCUAAACGUUAGCGCUCCGGUACUGUUCACGUGGCCUUCUCCGCAGGGGCGUUUCCGAGUCCCGCACAAACGUCAGUGUUCGUUUCUAGUAAGCGAUGUUUCGUCUUUUGCAAGUCGUACAGAAAUAAACGAUGAUUUAAAAACGUC